GGUGUUCUCUUUCUAACCAACAAUUGGUUUCUUAAAUUUUAUAUAAAUGAAACAUAGUUAGUAAAUGAUAAAUUUGUUAGGGUGAAUUGGUUUCUUAAUUACCACAAUUAGAAACUCACAAUUUAUCAUUGUUCUCUAAAGAGAAUUAUCGUAUUUCUCUUUCAAAAAAAGAAAAAAGAAAGGGGAGAUAUCAUUUUUAUCAUUCAAAUUUGUGUAAUCAAACAUGGCAGAAUAAAUAUUUUAUCUUGAAAAGGAAAACCUCGAAUUUCAAACUAAUAAUUAUAGACCACAAUCCAUGGCGUAAUCUCUUGUUCCUUAGACAAUGAACGCGACCGCCGUGGUUCGCGCCACCGCGGCCGUGCAAUUUUCACUUCACCGUGUUCACUCCAGCGGAGACAAUUACACCGCCACCGCCACCGUCGCCACCACUUCAGCAAUAGAAUGUCGGAAUCUCAGCUACUCCGUUAGAACUCGGCAGGGAAAUUUUGUCCCAAUUCUCACCGAUUGCUCUCUCAGCAUUCCAUCUGGACAGUUCUGGAUGCUUCUAGGCCCCAAUGGUUGCGGGAAAUCUACCCUUCUAAAGAUUUUGGGUGGUUUAUUGAAUCCAAGUGGUGGGUAUUUGCAUGUUAAGAAGCCCAGGAGUUUUGUAUUUCAGAAUCCUGAUCACCAGGUAGUUAUGCCCACUGUAGAGGCGGAUGUGGCGUUUGGCCUUGGCAAUUUCAGUAUGGCCAAUGAUGAGAUUACAUCUAGAGUGGCUAAAGCUUUGGAUGCUGUAGGCAUGCAUGAAUACUUGCAAAGACCAAUCCAGACCCUUAGUGGUGGUCAGAAGCAAAGGGUUGCUAUAGCUGGCGCUCUGGCGGAAGCAUGCAAAGUAUUGUUACUGGAUGAACUUACAUCAUUCUUGGAUGAAGAUGAUCAGGUUGCGGUUGUAAGAGCAGUUCAAAGCUCUGUGGCUAGUUCCAAAGAAACUACAGCAUUAUGGGUUACACACCGUUUAGAAGAACUCGAAUAUGCAGAUGGUGCCAUCUACAUGGAAGAUGGCAAGGUUGUUUUACAAGGCAAUGCUUCUACCAUAAAGAAUUUUGUUGAGUCUAAGCAAGCCUCUUACAUUAAGCAAAUUAAUUCUUGAGUAGUCACAAUGUCAUGUAUCUUUUCAUAUUUUUAAGCUCUACUUGUAUACCUAUAUUUACUUCUCUUUACUCGACUUCAAUAGUGAAUCAAAAUCUGGCAUA